AAAGGGAAGAAAUCUUGGCGUGCAUUUCACUCGAACGCAGUCUCUGGUAAAAUGGGAUGAACCGAUGAAUGAAAGAAUAGCGUCGCCACCGCAUUCGUGUCAUUUUAGCGUCACGUGACACCUUGCCAAAUUCCGAUCAUGCCGUGUCUCUCCGGUAACCAGAGGCCGCCACUCUAGUUCAACCAACCCCAAACUGUAUCAGCGGACGGAUGUGUGUGUGCAAGUGUAGCUGUGUUAGGAUAAGCAAGAAGGAUGCUUCGCUCAGUUUAGUGUGCGAAAUGCGUGCCUUCGACGCUUGCCGUUUUGCAGAGUAGACAGAGACAGAGACAGAGAGAAGGAGAUACGUACGUACGGACACAUGUGACGGUGUAAAAUAGCAUAUCGGUCGGGAAUUAUAUAUCAACAAGUAAGUAACGAUUGAUAACGUGCGAAAUUCAUACCGUUCAACGUGACUAAGAUCGGUGAACAAAGCUCAACGGUGUUACGUGAUCUCGGUUUAUUUAUACCAAAGAUUGCGGGGCUAAAUAUGUGAAGCCUGGAGGAGGUAGUACGGUGCUGCGGCCUGCUGGGGCGGUGAUCUCUUUCGCAAAGUGUGUGCGUGCUUUUGUGUGUUUCCACGCGGUGUGAACUGUACAACAUACGUUGAUACGCGUACGUUUCGCAUCACGGCAGCGUUACUUUGUGGAGGAAAUACGCCCUGACUAAACUACAUACCUCGCGUCGUUCACCCUUCCCAUUGUAAAGUACCUGCAGUUAAGUGGAAAUACUCGACCGAUCACCGUACCAAGGUUCGCUCGUGGCCUUAGCGCGAGGUGAACGAUACAAAUUGUGCAUACAUAUUGUACACAUGUCAUUACUCACACACCUUCGUACGGCACGCGAUUUCUUUAUUCCACAUUCGCUAAUCUAGCUGUGAAUGAGCGAUUCUCUUUUACACGUGUACGCAGAGGCGUCGUAAAUACGCAUAAAUCAUCGCGUCGGUGUGAAGAAAACAGCUCUGCGCCAGUGCAUCGGCAUCCGCGUGAAUCAGUGUCCGAGGCAUGCCGCGUCCCACAAGGAUUGUUAAUUCACCGUUAAAAUACACAGUAUUCACCUCGAUAUUCGGCAGGAUUUUACCCGACGAUAUAUAACAUUACUAAACAGAGUGCAGUUGCAUUAUAACAACAAACCUGGACGGGUCAUGGAAACUGGAUUUUUAAAUUUUCGCGACGAGGAACACUUCUCAGGUUUCUCUUUGCCACUUGAUCAGCAUGAUAUGCUGGAAGAAUCACACAGCUCACUCAUGGAGUUAAUGCAAGAUGACUUCCACUGUAACUUAGACUCGCGCAUCGAUCCUUCUGCAGUUCUUUGGGGCACCGAGCAAGAAUUGAACGGCGACAUGGCUGUAUUGCCCGACUCUGGGGUGGCAACAGUUUACCCAAAAAUGGAACACAUCAAGGAAGACUUUGCCAAAAUGCUAACCGAUUGGCAGGAACAUAUAGGUUCACUACAGGCCUCAGAUCUGGAGGAAGAUAUGGAUGUGAAAGAUAUGGUGGGGCUCGACAUAGACGUGCCUAAAAUAGUGGCUGUUGAUGUUCAGGAUAACAUUUUCGAAACUGAACCAUCAGUGUUGAAGAUAAGCAAGGAAAAAAAAAACCCCAGCUCUUUUGUUAAAGUAAAAAUCGAAAGACCAGACUCUCCGCAAAACGUAGACUCUUACGCAACAGAGAAUACGAAGGUCGAGAAUUGGGUCUGUCCGGACUUGAAACAGCCGAAAAUAGAGGGAAACACAACUAUGGAAUAUAGUCGUCCUGUCAAACUCAAAACAAAUGUGGAUAGGACAGAUGUUGUGUUGAAAUACUUAAAAGUCGAAAAAGAGGAAACAAACCACAUUGGAGAGACUGAGAUGGAAGACUGCAUAGACGUGGAAACUGUGUCUGAACAAGUACCCGUACUAGAAGCUGGAGAUGUAAAGAGUCUUCUGGAACAAUUCGAGGCAUCAGAGGCUGUCACUCCGAAGUCAUCGGUAAGCGGGUAUGGAAAAGGAGGGAUCUUGCCAGGCGAGACUUUGGCCCCCUGCAAAAGUAAAUCUAUCACACCUGCUGGCAGGUCUCUCUUGUCACCGUUAAAGAAACCGGCAGAAGUCGUAGACUCGACGCUAAAUCAAAAUAUAAUGGAUUCCUUACCUAAGGAAGUGAUCGAUAGGAUAAAGGCAUCUGGACGCAAAAGAGUUAUACCUUUGAUUCCUGCAAUACCAACAAAAAAAUGUACUCGAAGUAGCGGCACUCGUAUGCAAGAUGCAGCAGCUACGCUUUCUCGUAACAAACUACUGAAAAUCGUAACUUAUAAUACAAAUGGAAAUGGUAGAGUCGAUGGUUCGGUUCAAUUGGAUCACGAUUACUGUAGCAGCGUGGGCUCAGCAUUGAGGAGUUUAGAGAGUAAUGCCGAGUAUAAUGGACAAUGCAACAGCGAAAGUGAUAAAUGUGCGUUACCAACCAAAGACGAAAGCCUGAAACAAACGUCGAAUAACCAAGCAAGCGUUUGCGGUAACAAUUUAGAAACUUGUCGAAUUGUGGCGGGUAAGAAAAUAUCACCUAAAUAUCACGGUGGAGACAGCUGGAUUGAUCAGAACUCUAAAAAGGACAGUGGCUUAGAGUCAGGGGACGUGAGUGAUGCAAGUGAAGAAUCACCACCUACGACAAAUCUCUCGAAUAAGGCUAAGAGCAACGAAGGAACUGUAGAACGACAGAAGGAGCAAUCACAAGACAGCGUCCUGAAGCAGAACAAUAAUGUUGUUGUGAAUAAACUAAGUACAAGUAAGUCUGUGAUUAAACCAUCUCCUGUACAUGAGAUGAAAAUACGUUCCGCAUUAGCGACGAGUAUUCUGCAACUGCGAAAAGGUGUCCUGACAAAGACAAAGCCUGUCCUAGAUAUCGGAAAUGGGAGGAGAGCUGGUGCAUACAUGUUCGGAAUUGAAAGUGGUAAUCCUAAGGUGAAGCAGAUGGUAUCGGUGUUGAAGAAGCCACCCGUUUCAACCUCGACUCUGAUUAGUAAUGUGAACGAAAGUAUAGUCACUACUACGAACAGUUCUAACAACGAAGUGCAGAACAUUAUCGUUCAGGAUUUGGAACAACAAGGAAGUGGAGAGGAAGAGAUGAAGAAACCAGCGCGAAGAAAACUUAAUCUUGCCGAGUAUCGCAGUAGGCGAGACAAAAAUCGCAGCGACAAUAGCAGGACCAGUUCACCCAUUCAACCUAUGACUCUGAUUUAUAUUCAUCAUGUAUCUACGACUACAGAACCAAUAAAAGACGAUCCGGAAAAUCCUGUGUGGUCAGAAAGAGAGAUAGUCUCUGUAUUGAAACCUAAAGCUGAAAUUGAAGAGGCGAAAAAUAGGCCUAAAAUGCCUACUGAAGAUGCUGGAAUACAGACCAACGAAACAGUCUUUGAAAAUCCAGCUAAAACCAAUAAUAUUAUUAACGAGAACAGGACAAGUCAAGUAAGAGACAGAAAGAAUCGACAAUACAGGCGGCGAAGGAAUAGUUCUAGCUCAAGUCGUUCUAGAUCGCGGAGUAGAAGUAAAAGCAGAAGUAGAAGCACGUCGCAUAGACGAGGCGCCACACGAAGAAGAAGAUUCAGUCACAGGCGUAGCUCGGUCAGCUCCACUAGCAGCUGGUCCUCUCGUUCUCGAUCUAGGUCUAGAUCAACAUCGCGAUCUCUCUCCACGUCUAGGUCACGCUCCAGGUCAUCCAGAUCCAGAUCCAGGUCUAGGUCUAGGUCCAGAUCUAGGUCCAGGUCAAGGUCUUCAAGAUAUUCGAGUUGCUCAAGGUCUUCGACUCCGUCGAAUUCUGGAAAAGGUAAAAGGUCAGGUCAACGAAGACAGCCAAUGCGCAAUCAUGGUCCGAGUUAUUAUAGACACAGGCGGAACUCCUCUGAUAGCAGUCACAGCUACCGAAGCUGGAGGAGGUCGUCUUCUACUCUUCGAAGAAAACCAUAUGACACAUGGACUGACAGAGAGAAACAGAGGCAAGUAGAAGAACGCCGAGUCAUUUAUGUCGGCAGAUUGGAAGAGGGUGUUUUGAAGGCUGACCUACGCAGAAGAUUUGAACAAUUUGGUCCAGUUGUUGAUAUCAGCGUACACUUUCGGGAACAUGGAGAUAAUUAUGGAUUCGUCACAUUUGCAUACAAAACCGACGCGUAUGAAGCUGUUGAACAUGGGAAUGAUGACCCGAUGCAACCUAGUUAUGACCUCUGCUUUGGUGGCCGUAGAGCUUUUUGUAAAGUUAAAUAUGCAGACCUUGAUGGGAUUGCGAGCAAUUCGUUUGGCGGAGGAAGGAGUGGCUCUAAGUUAGAUCAGGAUAACUCGUUUGAUCUUUUAUUGAAAGAAGCUCAGGCUAAGCUACGCAAAAGAAAGGUUUGACACACGUAUCAUUUAUUCAUAGUAAGUUCUAACUUAGUACACGAUGAUAAACAUAUACCGCAACAACUAUUAUGAUUGUAUAAAAAGAAUAGAGGAACAAAAGGUUCCAAGAAAAAAGAAAAAAACAAAAAAAAUCGGGAAAGCAAGAAAAUUAUGAACAUAAUUCGUAUAUGAUAGAAAUGUAGGUGAUUGUAGUAUUUAAAUGAAAAAAACGUGCGCACAGAUGCGCAUGUAAUAUCGCCAAACUCGCGUUUCUGAUAUACUGUAUAUUUAAUCAUUAAGCACGCCCUUUACAUUUAUUGCUAUGAACGGAAACCAUUUUAAUAGUAAAGGUUUAAAUGUGUUUUAGGUAGAAUUUUUAGGUACACAAGUAAUCAAUUAUUACCGAUACUAAUGUGUACUCAUCGGUUCUCCAUCAGACUACUCAAUUUGUUAUACUACUACUCUAUAUCUUUGGUUGACUUAGACGUUUUUACCACAGGACUAUGUAUCGGCCAUUUCAUUACAAUACUGCAAUAUUAUCUUGAAUUGACUUUCUGACCAGAUUCAUCUGCUAAAUUUAAUACACGUGUACACGUAUGAUUAAGGAGGUUGAAAGCCUCUGCAGUUACGGGAAAAGGAGUGGUUCGCUCUCAUGUGAUGUUGACUUCCUAGUUAUCCGCAUUACAUAACUUUUUGCAUAUCUGUUUACAUCUUGUCAAUACGUUUCUUCGCGAUGUCUCUGUCACAAGAUGUCAGAUGGCUUGCAACUUUAAUUCUAUUUCAUCUGGAAGCACGUUGACAACUUCUUUAAAAUUUCAAAAUUUCUACAUAUUUCCUGUUAUCUCAACUUGAGCAAUCAAUCCCCGCAACAGUCCGCGAACCUCUAGUUAGAAUGAAUGUAAUUUAUGGUCUACUUUAGAGAUUCAAAUAACUACAACAAUUAUUACGCUCUAACAGUUUUUUGCAUAUUUUGCAUUAUUGAAAAUUUAUUUACAAGCGUGAAUGAUGUUAGUCUUACCUAGAUUGGAAAUUUUUUAUUACUAUGAGCCCGUAAAUGGCAUGAGUACAAAAUGCUCUGUUCACGUAUUAUGUUUACGAUAUUUUUGCCACUAUUUAUUUAUCAAUAUCGCCAACAUUAUUAUUUUUUUGAGCACCUUACCGGAAAUAUGUCCUGCUGUCGAUGUAUUACAAAGAAUAAUCAUAUGUAUAUGUGAACACGUGGCAUUUCACCAAUAAAACGUAUGUAUACAUGCCAUGCAACUGUUCUUGUAUGUUAUUAUCGUUAGGUAGAUAUGGAUUAACUGAUAUCGUAUUGGCGAUUGAACGUAUUUAUUGCGUAGUUAUAAUUGAACCAUCGAUCGUCAAACCCCCAGAAGUAACGUCAGAAGAUUAUAGUUGUAACCAUGAACUGGUUGAAGUGUAAGAUGAAAUUUAGGCAAAUAACUAGAAUUUAGAGUGAUAAUAAACGAUGAGGAUAAAUUUUGCCAUGACUCAUUCAUCGCGAUAUCUCAUCGUUGACGAUUACUUGAUAAAAAAAAAAAAAAAUAAAAAAAAUGUAAGUUAAUAGAAACAAAAAGAUAUCCUAUUAAUUGCUCCGAAUCGUGAACCUUUCAGUGGUACAAUUGAUAUCUAUUAUCACAGGUUUAAAGUUUUAUCGUAUGUCGUAGAAUCGUAUUUAACUGAUUUCUUGUUGAAAAAUACACAGAAAAAAAUAAAAUAAAAUCAAGUAAUUAAGAAGUACUCACAGUCUGAUUCACUGCUACGUACAAACUCAAGAGUCUAGCUAAUCUUAAUCAUAUGAUCUGUUAAAAGAGACACAGAUUAUAUUUGAACUUACAUGCAAAUGCUCAUCUUAUUCCUUAUAUUACAAUAUUCUCAGAGCUGAAGACUACAUUUAUAUUGUAGACGAAAAUAAUAAAUGAAGUAAUGUAUCCGUU